AUGGAGAAUUUCAAAAGGGUUUUGGAGAAGGGAAACCUGUUAGACUUAAAGUGGGUGGGCAGCAAGUUCACAUGGAGCAACAGACAUAAGGAUGCUUCAUUCAUGAAAGAAGGGCUUGAUAAGGCAGUCGCCAACCCAACCUGGGUCCAAUUGUUUAAGGAAUGCUGGGUGGAAGUGCUAACAGGCAAGAGUUCAGAUCACAGGCCAAUCCUGCUGACCAUGAACAGAAGGGACAGAUUCAUAAGGAAGGAUUGUAGAAUCUUUAGAUAUGAAGCAAGCUGGGAUAAGGAGGAGGGAUGUGAGAAAGUAAUCCAAAAGGCAUGGAGGACUAAUGAUAGAAUGAGAGAUUCACAAACCCCAAUAACAGAACAAUUGGAAAGGUGUAUAGGGGCACUUCUAGGAUGGAGUAAGCAUUUCAAACUGGACAGUAAUAAGGAAAUAAAGCUAAAAUUUGAGGUACUGAAGGGAUUACAAGAUGAAGAGAGUUGCCUCAAUGCAGCUGAAAUAAAGAAGUUGCAGAAAGAAGUUGGAACUUUGCUUGAGAAUGAGGAUAUUAAGUGGAAACAAAGGGCUAAAAGAAAUUGGUAUGCACUGGGGGACAGAAACACAAAGUAUUUCCAUGCAUGUGCAAACCAAAGGAGGCAAAAGAACAUAAUUAAACAGAUUGAAGAUGAGCAAGGGAGAAUCUGUAAAGACCAAGAGGGAAUUGAGGGAGCUUUCAAGGGGUAUUUUGAGAACUUGUUCAGUUCAACUCAACCAAGGUCAGAAGAGAUGGAAGACUGCUUAAAACACUUAAAAUCUCGAGUUACAAGGGAGGCAAAUGAAAAACUGCUUAGACUUUUUAGCAAGGGGAGAUUGAAGAAGCAAUUAAAAGUGGGGAAAAAGGGAAAGAAAGGGAACAUGGCCAUUAAGUUAGACAUGUCAAAAUCUUAUGAUAGGAUAGAGUGGCCAUUUGUGAAAGCAGUAAUGAAAAAACUAGGCUUCUGUGAUGCUUGGAUAGAGCAAGUUAUGAGUUGUAUAAUCUCAAUUUCUUAUUCUGUGUUGGUCAAUGGAAAGACAGAUCUGAUUGGGAAUACUAAAGGGGUCACAGUUGUGAGAGGAGGGAGUAGAGUAAAUCAUCUGCUAUUUGCAGAUGACUGUAUUUUAUUUGGGAGGGCUUGUGUUGAGGAAUGGAAGAGAUUGCAAGAGCUGUUGCUAAGGUAUGAAAGAGCUUCUGGCCAAUUUCUGAAUAAAGAGAAGACAAUAGUAUAUUUCAACUCAAAUACUCCUGUGGCAGAAAGGGAUUUAGUCCUAAGUGUAGGGGAGUCCAUGGCUCAAGGCAGCUUUAAAAAAUACCUUGGUUUACAAACCAUGGUUGGUAAAUCGAAAUAUAACACUUUUAGAUGUCUCAAGGAGAGGGUGUGGCAGAAGAUCAACAACUGGAAGAAUUGUUUUCUGUCAGGGGCAAGGAAGGAGGUGUUAAUCAAGGCAGUACUUCAAGCAAUUCCCUCUUACACAAUGAGUGUGUUUAAGCUGCCCAAAAAGCUCUGUAAGGAGAUCAAUAUCAUGCUGUCCAAAUUUUGGUGGAGUAAUCAUCAGAAAAGUUAUGGGAUCCAUUGGAGGAGUUGGGAAAAAAUGGGGACAGCUAAGGGUAAGGGAGGUUUGGGGUUUAGAGAUUUGGCUAGCUUCAACUUAGCUCUCCUUGCUAAACAGGCUUGGAGAUUGCUACAAAGCCCUCACUCUUUGAUUGCUAAGAUAUUCAAAGAAAAAUAUUUCAAGAACACCUCCAUCACAGAAGCAAAACUAGGGAAUGCCCCCUCUCUGAUAUGGAGGAGUGUUUGGAGUUCAUUGGGGUUACUAAAGGAGGGGCUGAGGUGGAAAGUUGGGGAUGGAGCACAAAUCAACAUAUGGGGUCAAAAAUAG